AUGUUAAGACUUUUAGCGCUGGGUAUUGUUUUAAUAUCGCAGCAUGCUUGCCACGCAAGGGUGAACAUAACAGUGUCGUUGUGUACCGCAAAAGGGAACUCAAUCAAGAAGACACACAAUGGAUACCUGAGUGGUGGUGCCGGAGAACAAGGGGCGCUUUUUAUUCGUCUUUCGCCGAAGGGAUAUUUCAGAUUAAAAAAUUCGCUCUCUCUAGAUGUGGGUACAAGCACCGUCGAAUAUCCAGGUAAUCUGAUGCGAGCUUCACAAAUCGAGGUCCACUACCGAUCGAGAGAUAUUCUCUGUCUGGAGCAACUGACCAUUCAAGAAGGAACUUACCGAAUCGAUUUGAUACAAAACUGGGACCAGAAUUCUUUCGUGCCGAAACACGGCUGGGAAUCGCAAACCGGACGAAAAGCAUCCUUAUGGAGCAAUUCCUGCUCGCCAGAAGCGUUUAGGUGGUUGACGAAAAACGAACAUUUCAAGGAGCACUGCCACAGUCAUCUUUUUAUGCAACAUCGACGUGGAGAUUCGCAACGAUGUACAAAUACUUUUAUACGACAAAGAUGCGGCGCGAAUUCUGAUUGCGCCGACACUCAAAAGGGACCGAGAUGUCUUUGCCACAAAGGCUACAAAUGGAGUGACAGAACGCAGAGUUGCCAAGAUAUCGACGAAUGCAACAGUGGAAGUGUUUUGUCGCCAUGUAAAGGUAAUAGUAAGUGUCAUAAUACAGAAGGAUCCUUCUUCUGCGAAUGCCCACCUGGACUCACGGGUGAAUACUGCCAUUGGGACAUCGACGAGUGCGCUGAGGGAACACAGGUUUGCGAUGGUAAGACCUCCACUUGUACCAACGCAUACGGCUCGUACACUUGCACUUGUAAGACAGGCUUUCGGAAGGAUGCGUAUACUGACAAGAGCUGUCAAGACAUUGACGAAUGCGCCGAAGGUACCGACUCCUGCUGGGGCGGCGCUGAAUGCAUCAAUCUCCUCGGCAAACACACAUGCAAGUGCCCAGAUGGCUUUGCCGGCGACGGAUUUUUCUGCGAAGAUUUCGACGAAUGCGCGACUGAUAGCCACCAGUGCCAUGAAGACGCAAUGUGCGCUAACCGCUUAGGGAGCUACGAGUGUAUCUGUAAUGACGGCUUCACGGGCAAUGGAACGCACUGUGAAAUACCGGAACCGGAAGAGGAGCGAUUCUCGAUUCUUGAGCGAAUAAUGCAACCUCUUGGAAUGUGGUCAAGUGACUGGCACCCACUAAUGGAACGUCGAAUGCAGCUUAUAGCGCCGCGAAACAGUGGAUUAGGGUGCGAAAAUGAUGACCGAGUCUGGCCAGAAGGUUGCCCGCCGCCGAGCUGCGAUGUGGCUACGCUAGAGAUCACAAAUGCUUGGAAAUCGAAAGUGCGACGGUUGAACAAACGCGCCGCAGAUUUGCACGGCGAGUACAAAUAUUUCACUGGCUUUGCGGGGACACUAACAAUUCCCGAAGAGGUUGUCCAACACGAAGGCGGUUUCUCGAUCCUGCUCAGCUUCGAUAGCUCCAUGUUUGACUCUGCCUCGCUGACUUUUGAAAGUUUUAAUUUGGCGAUUUGGGAUUUGGUAUUUGACGAGCAGGGAAGAUCGGGAGUGCUCCUGCGGCCUAAGAGCGACUUGGAUAUGAUCCGCGAUGAGCUGCAGAUCAAUUCGAAUCAAUUCCAGAUCAUUGUCGACAGGUUAAACGAAGAUGCGGGAUUUCCAAAAGUGUACCUUUGGGCACAAACUGAUGUUGAUUCUUCAUGCAUCGGAAACUCAACUAGACCUGACAUGGACGAGAUCAUGGUUGAUAAACACGGCCGAGAGCUCGAAACUGACCAGAUUCGAAAGAUUUCUUGGUCAGAGGACUCGAUUACGAGGCUGAAACGACUCUAA